UAAGUAUUUUGGUAUUUAGGAAAUAUUGUUUGACUAAAGGUGCUCAAACUUCCCCUUAAUUAAUUUUGAAGAAUUUGGGAGGAAAUUUUGGCGUCCGCUCGGAUCUAGCAAUUCCUCCAUUUAUUCGGAUCUUCUCUCAAUUCGUGGCGAUCAGGACAUCUAGGGUUUCUAGGUUUGAACGUGAAUGGGAAUUCGCUUCCACUGUUUGCUAAUUCAGGCUCGAGAAGCUCUGUUAUUCUUCAAAUCUUCGUUGUUUAGUGUUUCAGUUGCUCAUCUACUUCUUUCCUGAAAGCCUCGGGAUCUUGGGGGGAAAAAUUAGGUUUUUUUUUUUUUUUACCACAAAGGCUCUGUUAAAGAAGUUUUUUUGUUUUUUGUUUCACUCCAUUUAGCUUGUUUGUUUUAGCUUUGAUGUGCUUAGCUGAAAUGUGUUUGAGCUGUUCUCCUUUUAUAUAGAUCUAGUGUUCUAUGGUUCAGUGCAUGUGGUAACGCUUUGGAAUUCCUAGUUCUUUGUUUUCUUUUUAAUUGAUGAUGUUCGAUCAUGUUGCAGGAGAAGAUCGAUUUUCGAGUUGGUGAUAGUACAAGGGCACCAAGAAUUUCACAUUGUUUUUAAAAUUUUUUUUUUUCUUCUUUUCUUAAUCAUGAUCAUUGAUUGAAUAAGCGAAGAAACAUUGUAGCAUGGAUUGUAACAGGGAGGAGGCCCUUAAGGCAAAGGAAAUUGCAGAAAAGAAAUUCAAUGCCCAUGAUAUCAAGGGUGCAAAGAAGUCAGCUUUGAAGGCUCAAACUCUCCUUCCGUCACUCGAAGGCAUAAACCAAAUGAUUUCCACUCUGGACGUUUAUCUUGCAGCUGAAAAGAAGAUUAAUGGGGCGAAGGACUGGUAUGCAAUUCUAUCUGCGACUGCCUCAAUGGACAAAGGGACACUGAAGAAACAUUACAAGAAUUUAUCACUACAGCUCCACCCUGACAAAAACAAGUCCAUAGGGGCCGAAGGUGCUUUCAAACUCAUCUCAGAGGCUUGGAGUGUGCUGUCGGACAAGAGUGCGAAAAUGGCGUUUGAUCAAUUGACAAACGACAAUGGUUUUGUUAAGAAAGCUUCUCAACCGCGUGGUGAUAGUGCUGUUCAUAAUACUGCAAAUGGUUUUUACUCAUUUUCCAACACCACAACAUCUAGCAAAAGGGUUCGCAAGAGCAAAACUGCUGCUCCAUCUGCUGUCCCUCAAGCUCAUUCUGUUAAUCUGAACACAUUUUGGACAUCGUGCAGUCAGUGCAGGAUGCAGUAUGAAUACCUUAGGAUAUACCUUAAUCACAAUCUUCUCUGUCCAAAUUGUCACCAAGCCUUCAUGGCCCUUGAGAUAGGAAUUCCUGGUAAUGCAGCUGAUUCUUCUAUUCCUUGGCCAACCAAGCAGCACCGGCAAAAUUCAAACCAUAACUACACUGGUAAGAAUGGAUAUCCUUCCGAGUCCAGUACGUCAAUGUUUCACAGAACAGGAACUUUGGAAUUCCAGCAUGGUGCAAAUUUGGAGUCUGGUAAUCAUCAAAAUUUUCAAUGGAGCGCUUUUACAGGAUCAACUGGGGCUACCAGUACAACAGAUUCUUCACUUCAAACUGUUUAUGUAAACCACAAGAAGUUUGAAAAAAUGAGGAGAAAAUAUGAGAAGGCAGAAGCAGCCGCUCGAAGGGAACAGCCUGUUCAGACAGAAGUUCAUGUCAACAGCUCAGCUGAUGGUUCUGGAAAUUAUACUACUGGUCAAGAGCAGCCUGCUUUUAAGGUUGGCAGACCAAAAAAGAAGAGAAACAAGACUGACGAAGGUAUCAAGUAUCAUGGAAGAGGUGUGACUGAAAAUAUAUCCACUUGCAUCGUCCAAGGGGAUGGUAGUGUUGCAGUUGACCUUCCUAGAUCUAGGAUGGUUUCCAGACAUAACUCUUUGAAGGAAGUCUCACAAACUAAUAUGCGGGAGAUAUUGAUCAACAAAGCUAAGAUGACUAUUUGUAGCAAGCUAAAAGAAUGGAAGUUAUCUAAAAUAAAGAAGUUGAAAGGAAAAAAACAACUAGAGCAUAAAAGUGGUCGAGAAAGAGCCAUAGUGGAUGGAGAUAAAUGUGGGCAAACACUUCCUUAUGGUUCCAGCAUAAAGGAAUCGACUAGUGACCAUGAUGUGAAUUUAGGUGAGAAAGUCCCUCGACCUGUAUCAAUUGACGUACCUGAUCCGGAUUUCUAUGAUUUCGACAAGGAUCGCUUGGAAAGGAUUUUUGAAGGAGACCAGGUAUGGGCUACAUAUGACUCCGAAGAUGGUAUGCCUCGAUUGUAUGCAAUGGUUCAGAAAGUUUUGUCUCGUAGACCUUUCAGUAUUCGCAUGAGUUUCCUCACUUCUAAGUCCAACCAUGAACUAGGACCGAUUAACUGGGUAGCCUCUGGAUAUGCAAAGACAUGCGGGGAUUUCAGGGUUGGCCGAUAUCGUAUCAGUGACACAGUCAAUAUAUUCUCACAUAGAGUUAGAUGGGAGAAGGGCCCGAGAGGAAUAAUUAGAAUUCUUCCAUGUAAAGGCGAUAUCUGGGCCUUAUACAGCAAUUGGUCUCCAGAUUGGAAUGAGCUUACACCUGAUGAUGUGAUAUACAAAUAUGAAAUGGCUGAAGUACUUGCUGAUUAUCAAGAAGAAUCUGGUGUUACUGUCAUGCCUUUGGUGAAAGUUGCUGGUUUCAAAGCAGUGUUCCAUAGGCACAUGGACCCAACGAAGGUUAAGAGGAUCGCAAGAGAAGAAAUGUUCUGUUUCUCACAUCGGGUUCCUUCUUAUCUGCUAACAGGCGAAGAAGCUCAUAAUGCUUUGAAGGGCUGCCUUGAAUUGGACCCUGCAGCAACACCUGUUGAACUUCUUCAGGUUAUUACUGAAGUAGUGGAAGAUGUGAGUAUGCAAUUGAAUGACCAACAGUCAGGUAAGUGAUCCUGAAUCUGUACGACCAACCUUCAGAAUCAAAUAUAGUGCUCACCAUGAAAAAGAAAAAAAAAUUGUGGAAUCAAGCAUAGUGGAAUUUUCUAAAGAUUGAAGUCUUAUUGAUCUUUUAAGUUCCAUCCCUUUCCUAUGAUGGCUUGGACUAGGAUGUCAGGUUAGAUGAGUUGCCCACAUAUCUUGUGAUCUAAUCAUUAUUUUUUUUAUCUCCAUUUGUCAUACUGAUCGCAUGUCUAAACAGUACCGACUAAUUGAUUUCUACUGAAAGUCUUAGGAUUC